AUGGAUUCCCAGCCCAUCUUUUGCACCAAGUGCAGUCGCACUCGUGCCAUUGAUGAAUUUCUCGUCAACAAGCAAGGGAAGCGCAACAAAACUUGCAAGCGGCAUUCGAAGAAACGUCCCCUGGAGAUCGAUGACUGGGAGAAUUUCAUUCAGGUCAUUCGCAAUUGGAAUAAGCCAAACCACUCUGAAAUACUGGACGGCACAUACACAUUCGCUUUGGAUGCUCUACCGCUCGACUUUCGUUCUCUACCCGUCCAGAAGAAUGCAUUCCUUCGAUCGGAGCUAAACACGGCAAUGCGGAUCUCAUUGACCUUAUUUGGGACGAAGGAAAAUUUCGGCUCUUCAUUUUCGUACCGCUGUUCCCAAGAUAUGAUGAGUGUCAAAAAGUAUGAUCCUCCAGUGGAGCCAGAGAAGCGACGGGAUGGUAAACGCAUGGAGCGAUUCCCAUGCGAGAGCAGGCUCUGCAUGACCCAUUGUCUACAAAGUCGAACCCUCACCCUUUCGAUCCGUCACAAAUGGCAUAUGCCCUACGUGGAUAUUGAGGUACCACAAACGGUGCAGGACCUCAUCUAUGAACGCGGGUCAAGCAAGACUUCAUCGGAGAUAUUGCGUGAUGUUCGAGCCGUUCCCGAGGCGAAAGAUGUGACAAGACAACAAGUCUAUUAUCUCUGGAAGAAAGUAAAUGCUGAGAUACGGCAGCCAGACUCUGAUCCCUUCGCCUCAGCUACAAUGCUCCUUUCUGAAGACAGCAAUUCUCAAAAUUAA